CCCUAUCCCACUCCUAGUUUCUUUAACUACAAAAACAAGCUAUCGAAGUUCAGUGUGUUAAAACGAAUUUGGAAAAGAUUUCGUUAGACAUUAAUUUCUAAUCGUGGAUCCGUUCACGAAUUCUUGAAGGAGUUGUUUUAAGCGAGUGUUGGAAUGACGUAGUUGAUAGUCUGGGAGGAGACAUCCGCCAUUGAUUGACAUGUACCGACCUGCCACUCAAAUGUGACAAAACUUACUAGUUCGUUACUGAAGGCCUAUCGUGGUUUGCCGAUUUUGAUUUCUUAAAACGUUUUCUCGAAUUUGCCGCAUAUCAUUGUUGACUUAACGACUUAUUUCGAUUUUGUAAAUCAAGUUCAAACUUAGCUUAUAUGCAACGGAGAAUAUUCAUUUAAACUCAUGUUGUACCCCUCUUCGUUUCAUUAUUAGUUUCGGUGGACAAUAUAUUUAAUCCUGAUAAUGUAAACAUUUUUUAUGAUUUUGUUAACAUUAUGUUCGAACUUUGCCAACAAAGAAUUACCAUAAAAUAUGAGAAACAGUAAAUUAUCAUGGGCUGAGAUGCAGGAGAACAGUAUUGCCAUGGUGUCAUAUUCAGAAAAUAUUGUCAGCUCCCAAGGAGGAAACAAUGUUCAGGAUCAGGCUGUGUUUGAAGCUGAUAAAAGAGCAGUUUAUAAACACCCACUUUUUCCGUUACUGGCCUUAUUGUUUGAGAGAUGUGAACAGGCUACUCAACUAGCUGAAACACCAAAUUCUGAAAGUUUUAAUAUGGAUAUUCAGGCUUUUGUUCAACAUCAAGAAAGAGAUCGAAAACCUUUUCUAGUCAACGAUGCUGAAAUCGAUGGAUUGAUGAUCAAAGCUAUUCAGGUUUUAAGAAUUCACUUAUUGGAACUUGAAAAAGUUCAAGAACUGUGCAAAGAUUUUUGCAAUCGCUAUAUUACUGCCUUGAAGGGAAAAAUGCAGAGUGAAAAUUUGUUGCGGUCGGACUACGCUGCUGGCUAUUUAGAAAACAACAAUAACAAUAGUAGCCAUUCCAGCGACAGUAACAGCCCUACAGUUUUUACUCCCCAUUCACCCCAUAAUAUUCAGGUGUCCCCGGUAGGGUGGAGCGGUCUAAUGGCUGAGGCUCCCCCCUGCCCUCCUUCACCCGGUGUGAUCCACGGCAGCACUCCUCUUUCACAGAUCGGCGCUAACCCCUGUCCACCACCAUCGGCCGAGUCUUUGUUACAAGGGUCAUUAUCCGCAACAAGUGGUGGCUCUUGUGAUGAAGAUGACGAUCCUCUUGGUUGUAGAAAAAAGCAGAAGAGGGGAGUUCUUCCAAAGCAAGCUACAACAAUUAUGCGCUCAUGGCUUUUUCAACAUUUAGUUCAUCCUUAUCCGACAGAAGAUGAAAAAAGACAGAUAGCUGCACAAACGGAUCUUACUCUUUUGCAAGUUAACAAUUGGUUUAUCAAUGCACGGAGACGAAUUUUACAACCAAUGCUCGAUGCGUCCACUCCUGCAGAUUCUACAGGAGUUAAUAGCCUAAAUAAUAACAAUGGCAGUAAACAGGGACUGACUAGAAAAAGUAAAACGUGCAAUGGUGGUAAAACUCCUCCGCAUAGGUACUGGUGUGAUACAAUCACCAGGAUCGGAUCUGUUGAUAGCACUCAAGAUGGCAGUGACUGGGAGAGCAGCUGUGAAGCGGAUGUUAGCGAAGGAAUACACCAGAGUGAAGAAGAAUCGCAGCAAUGACAGGACUCUCUGCUCUGAAAGAUUUCAUCGAAAAGUACCGUUCAACCCUACGCCAGUGUGACUAGCCAUUUAUUUGUUUUACUCAUUGCUUUCCAGACUUUUACGUUACUUUAUUAUAAGUAAUUUUAAUUUCUCUAUUUUAAAUUUCUGCUGGUAUGUUAUUGUACCAAAAGUUUGAUUUAAAAUUUUUUUUAGUGCUUACACUUUGUGGUGUAAUCUUAUCCGAAAUUCCUCCUAAGUGAAUUUAAUUUAUCUCAACUCAUCAGCUCUAAUGAGAAAUCAUAAUAUGAACCUCCUGUUGAAAUGGAUCUUCUUCAGUAUUAGUACUUUAGCCAAUAAAUUCAACCUAGAUGUUGACAAUAAUAUUUCUAUAAUAAGUCCAUAAAAUCAUAAUUUUUCAAAAAUUUUUAGGGAUUAAAGAAAAGAGUUAUAAAGCAUGAAGAAGGUUAAAUAUCCUAGUGGAGAAAAGUUAGAUUUUUAGUUACCCACUCAUUUUGAGGAUUGGAAUGAUAUUGGCAGCUCAUGAUUUUGGUUUUAGUCUCUGUAAUAUAUUAGCAAUUGUAAUAUGGAUGUUUCUAUAUGUUGUCUAAAAAACUUUAUAUUAAUAAUUGUCCUUAGAAUUUCAUUAAAAUAAAAUUGCUUCGCAACUUAUGAAAAAUUUGACUCGUUAUAUGCGUCAUGCAUUUUCAUUCUGAGCUUUGAUUUCAUGUUUUUUUUAGAGUACAGUUACUUGAAUGGAUCACUGCAGUUACAUGAAAAUCAUAGUUUUAAGUAAUCACAAUAAUAGUUAUAAAAUUCAUUUUAAAUAAAAUUACUAUUCGUCAAUGGUGAAUAAAAUGUUGAAUGUAGACAAUUUGGUUGGGAAGUUAACGUGGGUUUGCAAUCAGAGAGAACACAAAUAAUAAUAAAAGAUUUUUAUUUUUGAGCUGAAGUUUUGGCCUAAGAAGUCCUAUAACUUAGGCCAUGUUCUCUCCAACCAUAUUCCAAUCUCCAACCAUAUUCUCGACCGAAAUUACUAUUCGUCUUAUACUGUGGUGGGAUUGUCUAGAUUCGUUUUGUUGAACUAACACAAAAUGAAUAUUUACUUCCCCGCUCUGAUCGGACUCUACCUCAAUAUGCUUGGUCAUUAUGACAUCAGUUAUUUUACAUUACUAAUUACACAUUAACUUACUGAUGUACUAAUUUCGAAGACCCAAUUAAUUUACUAUUAAGCUAUUCAAAACCUGUUUUGCAUUGAUAAUCUUUAAAACCAAACACUUACCAAAGUCUGAAUCUGACUUUCUUUUAUCCUUUUCGGUCUUUUGGAAAAUUGGCCUGUUCUGUUUUUCAUUGAAAACUUUUCUUAUUGUUGGAUACACUUCGUGUCAAUUCAAGCCACGAUUUAUGUACAUUGUAAUUGAACAAUGACUUCUUUUGGUGGUCCAAAGCACAGUCAAAAAGUUACCAAAUAAUAUGUUCAAAUACGUUAAUAAAAAAAAACAUUCCUAGCAACUGAAGUUUUUAUUAAACAAAAAUAAAUUGACAAAAAUAAAAAUUUUAAUUUAGCUGUAAAUAAAGUUUGUAUUUAAAUGGAAAAUAGUUAUUAAUUUUAUAAUAUACAAUAAUUCAUUAUUCUUUGAAUUAGUUAUUGUUUUCUAAUGAGAGAUCAUUGAUAAUUGGGUAGGAAUAUGAAUUCGAAUGGCUGGUCUUCAAAGUUUAUGUCUGAAUUGAUUGCUUGUAUAUUAUUUAUAUUUUUAUUAAGGCAUAUUCAUAUUAAUCUAGAUUCAUUUGUCGAAAGUGGACAAUUUCAUUUUUUUUGGAAGCAUAUAAACUCUUCUAAAGAUGUAUCUCUUGUGCUAGACAAAAAGAAUUAUAAUUUUUCUUCGGGCUUCAGAAACACCUAAGGAGCUCAUUGUAAUCCAACUGAACCAAAAUGAUGUCAUGUAAGACCUUCAUUUGGACCAAUGCUCACAUCUACUCAACAACAUGGACCAUACCAAAGGCCAAGGAAUAAGGGACAACAUUAUUUUAAAAGGCUAUGAAAGGAUACUUCUAUUAAUAAUUUUCGGGGCAGUUAAUGCAAAUUGUGAAUGGAGAAUGGAGAACAAGAAAGUGUAUGAAAUAUUGUGGGAGAACUUGACAUUAAAGGGGUUCCUGUGAGAAGGAAUUGUGAUGGGUAGAGGAGGAAGUGGUACAAGAUAUCAGUUUUGGUCAUUCUCGAGGGCAACUCCAUUGGACAGAGCCAUUUGCUUGAGUAGGCUAGGGCCCACGCAGGAUUGUUAUCUCAUAUUUUUAUUGUUGUUAGUUCAAUAAUUUAAUCUAUUUUCCUAUUCACAUUAGCAUGUGCUUCUCUUUCAUGUGAAGCGACAUUUUUUUAUGCUGGUCGAAAAUCUAUCGACACAUUGAAGUUCAAUUGAUAUUCUUGAUUGUCCCUCAUUAAAAUGAAUUUGUUUAUUGGAUUUAAUGCUCUCUAUUUACUCCAACCAAGGCAAGAAAAGGUUACAUAUUUAUUAUAGUUUUUGUUUAAAGAAGGUUCUAUCUAAACAUUUAAAUAAAAAUCAAACUUCAUGUAAGUUUCAUUUUCAAACUUGAUGUAAACAUGUCAAUUGAGGACCAUCUGUAAUUAUCACAUUCUUUUUUAUAUUGAGAAGUUUUAUAUUGUUAUUUUUAUUUAUUUUUUUGUCUUCCUUCUUAUAUAGAAUUACAUAUGAAAGCUUUAUCAUUGUAAAUUUAUUGCAAUAUGUUUGUGAUAGAAUUUAUUUUUAUUUUUUGACAAAAACAUUCCAAUAGAUUUGUGAGUAUUUAUAUUCAAAGAUAUAAAAUUUUUAUUGAAAAAAAAAAGAAAAGUUUUUAUGUAUAUCUUGAUCUGCUGAAAAGCUUGUGCACACUUAUAAAAAAAUAUAUAAAAAGUAAAUCAUUAUUUGAGUAUUAUUUUUAAA